UGAAUACCUGUCCUCUACAGAAAAACGAGGCCAUAUGUCCGUAGAGCAAGAGCCUACAAAAAUCUAGAAUAAAAGUUAAGCCUUUACCUCCUCAGUUUUUCAUGAGCCGCAUAGAUUAAUAUACAUUUUUGUAUAAAUAUGAGUUAGUUAUAAUAUAAACAUGUAAAAUAGAUCAAAAUAAAUUUAGGAGGUCAAUUUAAUUUUAUUAAAUAUUUUUAAUCAUGAAAAAAUACGAGUAGUUCCCUAUUUGCGUAUUUAAAAAGAAGAAUAAUUACUUGAUAAAUUUAUGGCGGGUAAAUACUAGUUUUUACUUGUCAGAAUGUCAUAAUACGGACGCUGAGCUGAACGUUAAAAAAAUAUUUUUUAAACAAUAAGUUUUUUUACUCUCCAGAAAUAAAAGCAACGAAAAAAAUCGUACGAACGAUUUAAAUAAGUAAAAUAGUCUUAUAUAACAUUUUUACUUUUAUUUUCGUGUUAUAAUCAUGGCUAAAGUACAAUUGUGCAAUAUCACAGUUAUGGACAAUCCCAGCCCUUUCUUGAACCCCUUUCAGUUUGAAAUAACUUUUGAAUGCAUAGAGGAAUUAAAAGAAGAUUUAGAAUGGAAGAUGAUUUACGUAGGCUCUGCAGAAAGCGAAGAACACGACCAAAUAUUAGAUUCAGUUUUUGUAGGACCUAUUCCGGAAGGAAAGCAUAUGUUCGUAUUUCAAGCAGAUCCUCCUAAUGUUUCUCGCAUACCAGAAAAUGAUGCCAUUGGCGUUACAGUAGUGUUGUUGACCUGUUCAUAUAGGGGACAAGAGUUUAUUCGAGUAGGAUAUUUUAUUAAUAAUGAAUAUAGUGACCCAGAAAUGAGGGAGAACUCACCCAGUCCUCCUCAAUUUGAUAAGGUCAUGAGGAACAUCCUGGCAUCUGAGCCCAGAGUUACACGUUUCAAAAUCAACUGGGAAGAAACCAAUCCACAAGAAAAUGGGACCCAAAAUGCAGAAACCACUGCCCAAACAUCUGAGAUCUCGACUCCCAUAGAAGUUCCUGCUUUCAAUGAAAACUCAAAUUCUUGGGCCACAAUGGAGUGUUCAUAAUAAUUGGUGUA